AUGACCCCCGUAUCUAAAACGUGUCAACGUUGCGCAGACUCUAAGGUGCGAUGUGUCCGGGAUACCAAUAUCGCCGCAUGUAUUCGGUGCCGCCGUUUGGAAAAAGAAUGUGUACAUCGCCGGACUGGCCGUCGAUUUAACGGCUUUCAUAAGGACCGUAAGAUCGCCGCUCUCGAGUCCAAGAUCAAUGAACUCAAGGCCGACCGUGCUGGCCCAAAAAACAACAACAGCACGAGCACACGCAAUACAUCAUUAGCUGACGGCGAUGCUCCUGAAGAGAUCAUCAACAGACACUUCCUUGACGUGGAUACCGCCGAAAGGUACCUAAGCACGUUCAAGACCAAACUGACCCCACACUUCCCAUUUGUGGUUGUACCCCCUGAUGUAUCUUUCAAGCAGCUCCGCCAGGAGAAACCGUUCCUAUGCCUAGCGAUUCUUGCAUCGGCUUCGUACGAGAACAUGCCGCUGCAGCGGGCGCUCGGCGACGAAGUCAAGAAAGUCGUCGCAUCUCGCAUGGUCAUCGGUGGGGAGAUUUCCUUCGAGUUGCUUCAAGGGCUGCUCGUGUUUCUCGCAUGGUUGCAUUAUUACUCACGGCCACAUCGGUAUACUCAAUUCCUCCAACUGGCUAUAAGCAUCAUGAUAGAUCUGCGGUUGGACCGUCCGCCGCAGACACGGACGUGGAAGACAGAGUUGCGCUUCGGGCUUCAAUAUAAUCUGCAGGAUCGGACGUUUAAUCGGCCUUCUUGGGGGAGCAACGAGCAGAGGGCUGUUUUGGGCUGCUACUAUUUGUCGUCAUCGAUUGCGAUGCUUGUGCAGAAGAAAUCUACUAUUCUACGUCUCCCGUACCAGGAAGAGUGUUGCAAGACUCUCCGCGAAGCCAACGAAUAUCCCCACGACAAGUACGUCAGCUAUGUGAUACAGCUACAGUUCAUUGCGGAAAAGGUCGACAAUUUAUCUGCAAAGCAUGGAUUUGACUUGGAAACGCCUGGGUCGGGGUCGGAGCUGUAUAUCUCGAAUCUUAAGUCGGACCUGGAUGCAUUCUACCGUCAUCUACCCUUCGAUAUCAACGACAGCUUUCUUCUUGCCAUACAAUACCACGCGACAGGGCUUGGCCUAUACCAACUAGCUCUCAACAUCACCAACCGAGAUCCCCAACCCCAGUUCGACUCCGACUCCUGGAAAGAUGACAUGUCGUUCUCGGCACUUAUCUCAGCCAGUUCGAUUCUCAAUCUCUACAUUGAACUCCCAUCGAACGAGGAAGUCGGAUUCAACAAUACACAAUGGGUACAGAUAGCAUUUGCCUUGCUAGUUACCUAUCGACAUACCGUGGCAGCCUCGAAGCCAGAUCAAACUGCUGCCUUCCUACAGACUCUGUCAAAAUUGAAAUCGAGGGUUGGGGCGUUGUCUACCUCUGAUGUAGAUAUGAAAGGCGCUCGAGAUGCUUUCUUCGACUUUAAGAACCGUAUAGUUCAAAUCGAGAACUGGCUUCAGGGGCAUGAUAGACAGGAGGAUAACUCCCCCAGCGAGGAGAACUUUGAAGAGUUUCAACAUACGUUAUGCGUGGAAUCCGAGCCGACGCACUUUGACGGGUUUACGGAGGCUGUCGAGACGGAGGAUCUUGAUGUCACUCUGUGGAAUUUAUUUUCAUCUUCGGCAUCGGGCUUGCAAAUGCCCCAUGAUUUUCUAUUUGCAUCUUCUUCUGAGCAGAUUGUGGGUGAUUGGGUAUGA